ACGUAACAACAUCAUAUUUUUGAAAUUUGAAAAAUCAAUUCAAGUUGAUUUCAUCAUAUUCUUUCAAAAAAUAAAUACUUCUCCCAAAAAGUUCAUAAUUUCAGAUUUAAAUAAACAAAUCAAGCUCAUUCAAUCAAAAUCUCCUAGAAAUUUUCUUCUCUGAUCGUUCCUACUCUGUUCAUCAUGAACAUAUCGAUUCUCUUGAGACAUUUUAGAGUUUGACAAAGUAAAAUCGUUUAUAAAAGUUACAAAAGUGAUGAAAUUAUUGUUAGCGAAAGUAUUUCAUAUAUGAGGUUGAUUUUCGCCAUAGCAUCAGAGUUAGAUAUUGAUGAAUCAAAGAAAAAAAAAUUAAUAUCUGAUACAUAGUUGAAAAAAAUACUCAUAUCUUUAAAUACGUUUCAUUAUCUAAUGCAUUUCUCAAAACAUUAAAUUUAUUAUAUCCAAAGAAUAAUAUGAUAAUUUUAUCAUAUUACCCUGUGAAUAUAAUAAAUUUAAUAUUUUAGAAAAUAUAUUAGAUAAUAAAUCGUAUUUAAUACUAAAUAUAAAAUGUAUAAAAUUAGCUAAAUUAUUCAUUAAUUUUGUAUAUUAAAUAAAUAUUAUUGGAUAUCUAAAAUGAACAGAUGGACAAAUAAAAAUAGAGGGAUGAAGUAAUUAAAAAAAAAAAAAAUCAUAAAAGAAAGCAACAAAAACCUAAGGAUAUAUAUAACUAGUGAACAAAUUUUACAAAAAUACAGCCGCCAAAGCUGUAACCACGUUCACCUAUUGACACCAUUAACUGAAUUUCAAGAUUUGGCUUCAAAAAGCAAUUUUAAUUAGGAUUGCUUGACUUCUCGGAAUAUCUUUUCAGCAGGGGGAGCUAAUUAGCUAAGUUAAUUGGCUCUCUCUGCUUUUUGUCGAAUUCGAGUCACUUCAUUCGUCGAAAGAACCUUAUUGUCAUUUACAUCCUCUUUUCCAAAGGUUCUUUAGCCAAUUUAUUAUGGCAACCUUGUCACAUUUUUGUGGGAUUAAAUCUCCCUACCCAACUUUAUUCCUAAGAAGCGUGCAUUUCCCACAGCUUGAUUUUGUGGCUAUUGUCCCCUUUGCUUCUACACCAAGUAAAUCUUUGAAGGCUUCUUGUUUUGAAAGAGUGCAUAGAGUGAUAUGUAAAGCACAAGCAGCCGAUGUAGUUAAUCCCAAAGAGCCCAAGAAUGAAUCUUUUGGGGAGGUUCCCGGUGAAUUAACCUGCGUUAUGAAGUUUGGUGGUUCAUCAGUAGCAUCAGCCGAAAGAAUGAGAGAAGUAGCUGAUCUUAUUCUUAGCUUUCCGGAAGAGAGACCUGUUAUUGUUCUCUCCGCAAUGGGAAAGACAACAAACAACCUUUUGUUGGCUGGUGAAAAGGCUGAGAGCUGUGGUGUUUCCAAUGUUUCCGAUAUGAAAGAAUUGGCUUAUGUAAAAGAGCUCCAUCUUAGGACAAUAGACGAACUUGGAAUAGAGAGUUCUACCAUUUCAAAGCAUCUACUUGAACUGGAACAACUUUUGAAUGGAAUUGCUUUGAUGAAAGAGUUGACUCCACGAGCAAGGGAUUACUUGGUCUCCUUUGGAGAGUGCAUGUCCACAAGAAUAUUUGCCGCAUAUUUGAAUAAACGUGGUGUAAAAGCCCGCCAAUAUGAUGCAUUUGAGAUGGGUAUUAUAACUACUGAUGAUUUUACUAAUGCGGAUAUAUUGGAAGCAACUUAUCCUGCUGUUGCAAAGAGAUUAACUGGUGAUUGGAUGAGUGAUCCUGCGAUCCCUAUUGUCACUGGGUUUCUUGGAAAGGGUUGGAGGACUUGUGCUAUCACUACACUAGGUAGGGGUGGUAGUGACUUGACUGCAACGACAAUUGGAAAAGCAUUAGGAUUACGUGAAAUUCAGGUCUGGAAGGAUGUUGAUGGUGUCUUGACAUGUGAUCCCAACAUAUAUCCACGGGCAGAGACCGUGCCAUAUCUAACUUUUGACGAGGCAGCUGAACUUGCAUACUUCGGCGCACAGGUCCUUCAUCCACAGUCCAUGCGGCCUGCUAGAGAGGGUGAUAUUCCUGUUAGGGUUAAAAACUCGUAUAAUCCUAAAGCUCCCGGUACCGUUAUUGUUAAAACAAGAGAUAUGAGUAAGGCGGUACUUACAAGUAUUGUUCUGAAACGAAAUGUAACCAUGUUGGAUAUCGCUAGUACCCGUAUGCUUGGUCAAUUUGGCUUCCUUGCAAAGGUUUUCUCCAUCUUUGAAGAUUUAGGGAUAUCUGUUGAUGUCGUUGCGACAAGUGAAGUUAGUAUUUCCUUGACGUUGGACCCAUCAAAACUUUGGAGCAGAGAACUAAUUCAACAGGAGCUUGAUCACGUUGUAGAAGAACUAGAGAAAAUUGCAGUUGUGAAUCUACUUCAAAACCGAGCAAUCAUCUCUCUGAUUGGGAACGUCCAGAGGUCGUCGUUGAUUCUGGAAAAGGCUUUCCACGUUAUGCGUACCAAUGGGGUCAAUGUUCAAAUGAUCUCUCAAGGUGCAUCCAAGGUCAAUAUCUCGUUGAUAGUAAAUGACGAUGAAGCGGAACAAUGUGUAAGGGCUCUCCACGAAUCCUUCUUUGAGAGUGAUCUUUCUGAACUAGGCUGGGAAAAUCGAUCAGGAAAUGGCUACGUUACUACUCCCUUGUCCACGACGUCCAAUUGAUCUCCUCCGGUUUCUCCCUCGGGUGAUUGUUCUUUCCAAUAAAUUUUGUCGAGGUCAUCAACGGAAUUUUAGCAGUAAUAUUUUUGAGGGUUGUGGGUGCAGUUUGUCCUUUCAACUUCAUCUUUUGUAGCAAGUAGUCACAUUUUGUAAUCCAAGUUACCUUCAUUAGUAUAUAUUUUAAUGGAACGAAAUUACUUUACGUUGCAA